UUUACAGAAUCAAGGGGAACAAAAAGUGAGGAAAUGACACCUACAGAACGGGAAGAAAUCACACACACUGAGCGCAUGACGGAAAGUGCUGAAACAGGAGAUACAGCUGGUCAUACUGAGAUUGAAGGAGUGACACACAGUACUGAGAUUACUGAUACUGGAAGCAGCAACGAGACGAUGACGAGUGGGAAGCCACUCCCAUCUUCAAGACGUGUUCUGCUGUGUAUAACAGCUUCAACAAACAUUGGAAAUCUUUUGCAACUUGACCUCUGUACUGGACUUAUCUACUCUGCUGUCAGCUAUGACAUAGAAAUGCAGAAGUUUGACCUGAAAAAUGGCAAGUUCUUGCAUGAAAAUACACUGUGCAAGCCAGAUUUUUUUAUCCUAUUGAUGCUGAGUGUGGAACGCUGAAGUUGCAGGCAGCCAUAACGCAUUACUAUU